AUGUCGACUGACGACAGCUAUGCCCCAAAGUCUCCGGACCUCUCUUCCUUUUAUUCAAGUGGCCCCACUCAGGACGAGCUCCAUCAUCCACAGCCUGACAGUCACUUUAGCCCAGGCUACGAAUAUAAAGCAGAGUCCCCAACCUACACCAGAUCUACUUCUUUUUCUUCUUAUGUUCCACCAUCCUUGAAUUUUAACAAUAACGGCGGCACAUAUGAUUCUAAGUACCGGCCACAAGUCGACUGCCAGCAAGCAUCAUCACAACUAAGAUCUACAAGACCGGAAUAUCAAUCUUACCGGUCGCGACAUUCUUCAAUCCAAGACCCCUACGUCCAUUCUUCACCAGACAAACGCCCCUCUUCUGGUAACGGAUUCGAGGAUAAUUUUGCCUCUUCACACACACGGUCACUACAGCACACUCCGGCGCGACCUGCGCCGUACGGCCAACCCUAUCCAGAGCAAACUCCGCUUUCCAAUGCGGCUGCGUACGAUACAUCCUACGCACCACUAGUGGGAACUGGCACAACAGAACUCGCUUCGACAUUCGGUGCUAUACCUUUUGAUACAGAUAUGCCUCCGCGCAAAGCCGCGGCGCCUGCGGCGCCUGCUAUCGACCCAUCCCCCGUUCGAACCAAGUUUCCAACUGCCAGGAUCAAACGAAUUAUGCAGGCUGAUGAGGAGGUUGGAAAGGUUGCACAGCAGACCCCGAUCGCUGUGGGCAAGGCUCUUGAACUUUUUAUGAUCCAACUCGUUACGAAGAGCGCCGACGUGGCCAAGGAGAAGGGUUCCAAGAGAGUCACAGCACCAAUGCUCAAACAUGUGGUCGAGGCCGAUGAGCAGUGGGAUUUCCUUCGUGACAUUGUCAGUCGCGUCGAGAAUGAGAAGGAGGGUAGUAGAUCAAAGACCAAGCAGGAGAGCUCAAGUGAUGAGGAGAUUGAAGAGCCCAAGAAGAGAACACGUGGCGGCAGAAGAAAGAAGACUCAGUGA